AAUCUGUUUCGGCCGUUCCGGGGUGCACUUGUUAACCAAAUAAAUCAGAAAAACUGCCAAUAAAUUAUAUUAUGCCUUAAUUGAAUAAUAAUCACUGCUCUAACGCGGAAAAAGGAAACGCACUUUAUUUUUUUAAAGUGUUCAUCUAGUGUUAAAAUAAAAAUAAUUUCAACUGAUUACGUUCAUAUGUGGUCCAAAAUGAGUUUUUUUGAACAUAUCAGCGGUUCCGACGUUUCUCGUAGAGCUAGUGAUGCAUCUAAAGAUGAUUCGGACAGUGACAGCUCAGAGGCAUUCGAAAUAGAAUUCGAAGAAGUAAUUUAUUUUAUACCGGUCUGCGUUCUCUUGGACUAUUUGAGAACAAUAUUAUUAUUUUUGGAAAGUUCUAAAGUUAUUAUAACGUUCACGAAUAUUUCGCGUUUCGAUUUAUAUUUUUUGAGGAAUAUUGCGCAGGAUAACAGCAAUCUUAAUUGCCAGUAUUUUAGUGAAGACUGCAAAAAGAUCUGCAGGAAAAUUUCGCGUAUUUUGGAAAGUGAACGGGAAGUGUAUAGGUUGGACUGCGUCUUUAAAAUUAAAUAUGGUAAUAAAAAAUAGGAGUCGAAGGGGUGGCGGCUCUUCUCUCCGAGGGUGGAGCAACGCCCGGUGCAAGGGGGAGGCUGGACACCCCUGACCCAUAUCGACGGGAGACCGACACAUGCGCACCUAAUAACAGAGCUACGAAAUACAGAACUAACAGCUGGCACCGACGGAGCAUUGCCGUCACGCCACUACCGCGAAACGAUCUUGGAUUUUAUGAACGACGAGACCCGACUAAUUUUAGAGUACCCUCGUUUGACGAGCGAACAAGUUAAUUACAUAUGCAAGUUACUGUCGUCGUGUAAUAUGGAUCGGACCGACGACCUCUGUGUGACGUUUCAGCGGGUAUUGGAGACUUGUGUCCAGGAUCACGACUACAACCUCACUGUUGCCACCAAUGAAGACGAAACAAGUUGCGCUGUUUUAGAGAAGAUACCCAGGGCUGGAAAACGAAAUGCUGAAGCUGAGGUCUCAGAUUCGUCAUCUAACAGUUGCGAGAUGGAUACCAGGAGUAGAGCCGAGGGAGAGCCGGGCACGUCCGGUACCCCCCAGACAGCGUCGGAGCUUUUAUUGCCUUUAAAACGAAUCGAUUUCAAACUCGGCUCGAACAGGUCGGACAUUGACAGUGUCGGUGACAGUAAACCAGUCAAGCCGAAAUAUCGGCUGGGCAGGUGGCAAAUAAAAUUACUAAACGACAUGUCCGUCCCGGUAAAGUGCAAUAAGGCUUUGAAGAUGAUGGAAAAUAUGGGAUGGAACGGUGGAGCCCUGGGAGCGAGGGGCAAUGGGAUAACAGAGCCAUUGGUACCUCAGCUCAGAAUGGCAUCAGGCACCGGCUUAGGGCACACGCCGUCUACAUCUCGACCCGAACCCGCGACCAAGUCCGCCUUCAGACAGGACCAGCUAAACCUAAUCCUGUACCUCCUGAUUAACGACUUGGACGAAACGAAAGCUCACUACAAGAGGCAGCUGAAGAAGAAGGAGAUGAGCUUCAUCGAUCACGCCCUGACAGCUGUCAAUAACAGGCUCAAGUUCAAUCUGUCGCAGCCGGAGGAGACGGGUCUAAUGUUGAAGAUCCUCGAUCAGUUGGUCGGUGUGCCCCACGUGCGGUUUGUGGCUUUCGUCUCUAAAGACAGAAAGCAACUCAAAAUUAAAAAGAUCACUAAAACACAUUCCUACGACGAGAAGAUAAGUAAAUCUAUGAUAAAGGACAUCGCCGAUACCAUAAUAUCGGGCGAACAAACCGACUCACGCGUUACCAGCGAUGUUUACAAGAAGAUCUUGGAUAGACUGAUCCUGCCGUACGGCCCGAGUUUCUACCCGAAGAAAACGAUAAACGAGUUAUCAUUCAAAACUACCAUUUUGGUAGAAAUAAUGCAGUUCGCAAGGAGUUCCGUUAUCGAGCGCUCGUUAAACUUCGAAUCGACUUUGACUCGGUCCGAGAGAGCGUUUGUGAGUCAAGCCGUGCUACAGUUGAACAAACGAAGCGGGUCCUUGAAGGAUUCCUUCCUGCGGCUCGUGUAUACCGUGACGCAGGAGUGCGUCGGGAAGCUGUAUUUAGAUGCCGCCUUUGCCGACAAUGACUACACCGUGGUCCUGCGCAAGAUAAACAGGACCUUAUUCAAUGCCAACGAGAAACGUCCUUCUGAACUUAAGAAGGAUAACAAGGCAAUAUACAGGAAUCACGCUGUUGCCUACGAUCCUAUAUUCGGAGAGCGUGACGAAUCUGACAGUGUCGAGGAGGACGCGGGAGACUCCGAGAACCCUGAUGCAGCGGAAGACGCUUCGCACGGAGCGUCCGCGUCCACUUCCGUAGCCGUAGCUCCGAAUCCGGCAACACCGAGCCCGUCCCGCCCCAAAGGGAAAAAACGCAAAAACUACCAAAAAGUGUUGCUGUUGCCGAAAAAUCAUCCGGACGAGGUCCUCGAUAACGGUUUCCUGCUCAAAAUACAUUCGGUGCUUGCCUCGAGGCCUACGGAUUUGGACGAUCAAGGCCUGAAAUGCCACGGCAUUUAUAACGGCGGUUUGGUUCUGUGUUGCCACAGCGAAAACGGCUACUAUUGGCUCAGGGAGGCCUGUGAUGCGAACGAGAUAUCGGUGUUGGACGUGAAACGCGUCUCGACUGAUAAUAAUAUAAAAAUGUCGUUGAAAAUACACGUCGAUAAAAUGGUUAAUUUGGAUGUGGAUUGCGCGUGCGGUCUGCUAAGAUCCUUGACCGCGCACAAUAAGGGUUUGCGCUCCAAGCGAUGGUCCGUGGUCGGACGACAGCAAUCCUACGAAUUUAACUUCGUCCUGCUGACAAUCGAGAUAGACGUGAAAUCGUUCAAUUACCUACUAAAUUCGGGAUUCGUUUUGAACGCUGGCAAUUAUACGUACGAAUUUAGUUAUCUGUGCGAUUGAAUGUUGUAGUAGAAAAAAAAAAUGAAAAAAAAAAUUGAAAAAAAUAUAUAUAUUUAUGUAUAUAGUUUUUCGAACGUAUUAUUAAGAUUAAUGUAGUGUUAUUGAAUGUUUAGAAUUAUCUGCCGUCUAUUAUAAAUUAGUAUGAAUAUUUGUAGGUCAUAAAAACAUGGAGAUAUGAUCGAUUGAUGUUGAUAAUGAUAAUUAUUAAUGUUCUUAAUUUUUUAAGCUAUAAUAUUGGCACUACUGUUUUACUGAUACGAUCGUCAUGUUGGCACUACUUUAUUCUUGGCUACAAUAAAUUACUGGCAUGAUCUGGGUGAAAUAUAAAAAAUAAAAUAGGAACGAUUGAAAAAUGAGUUGGAUUGUAACUUCAUAAUAAAAUAUCUCUUUUGUUUUUGUGAUCUAAGUCUUGUUUACAAGGGUCCUUCCUUCGAUACGAUAAUUUUGACAUAAUAUGUCGACAUAACAAGUGUAGGUUUCGUCAUUUACACAUGACGACGUUAGAGCCAUAUUCCAACAUUUGAUACCGUAAUGAUUCUAGCGCGAUUAUUAUUUUUCGUCAAUUUAAAACGAGAAUUUUAAAAAUGAAAACAGCAAAUAACCGCUGUGCACUUUUUGUAGUGGCUCGAUAUCGGCGACUCUAUCGGGACCGAUAUAUCGUGUCGGCUGAUAUAAAAACGUUUUUAAUCCUUCAAGAUUCAAUAACAAACCGGAUUGAAAAGUUUAGUUUUCAGAACGAACCCUAAUACUUUUUUUUACGAGUUUUCAGAUCAAUAAUGAAAAAUUUAGGAAAAAUAAAACCUAAAGAAAAAAUUUACUACAGUCGAAAAUUAUUUAUUAAGCAGCAUAUUUUUUUUUUUAAAUACGGAAAAGCAACGUUUACAUAAAAUUUUACAUAAAAGAAAAAGAUCUUGUAAGCAUUUUUUCUUUUUUCAAUAAUCUAAAUAUAUUUCAAUAUUAAGAAGUAAAAAAAAAACUAACUUCACGAUUCCUGUAUUUUUGUAAAUGAAAUUGAUCAUACUUCAGUAUAAAUACGUAAAAAAACAAUAUAAUUACCAAAUAACUUAGAUAUUUCACUUAAAUUUAAAUCCUUAGUAUCUAAAGCGAAAGUACUAACUACAUUUAAUACUUUUUCUAAAUUUUACCAGCUCCGAAAGCACGGUCUUUUUAAACUAAUUUAGAACGAAAAUGGAAAAGCAUGAGUAGUUAAUAUGUAUAUAUUUAUAUAUAUGUAUUAAAACAACAGUGUCUUUUCUCGGCUUUAACUUUCCUAAUUGUAUUUUUUAUUUAUUUAUGGAGUUACAGGGAUGCUGUUAACGUCUAGGGAGACUAAAAUAAAAACAAAACGAGUGAUAAACGUAGAGGAUAAGGGCUUAUGAGGGUUGAAAAAAAAAAGUAAAGUAUUGCCAGAUGUUAAAAUUCUUUUGGUAGAAAAGUAAAAAAAAAAACGGUAACUAAGUAAAUGUUAUUUAAUUUUUAGGAUUUUUUUUUAUUGGUUAACAAAAGUAGUGUUGUUGUUUUUUUACUUUAAUUACCAAUUUCAAAGAUAAUAUUUUGUAUCUUUUUUUUCUUUUAGUAAUUAAAUACUUGUUUCGAAAUUCGAAUGUUAAAGCUAACUAUACGCGCGGCGACAAUGAUUUUCUUCAAUAUCAUUGAUAGCGCUGUGGCAAAGAAAGCCGGACGUGUGCUACCCACCUUAUUUUUAACACACGAUGACGUCACUAUUGAAAGAACUAUUCUCAUUCGUUUUUAACGCAAAAAAGCUCGGAGCUUAAAUUUCUAAAUGACGUCCAUCCGUGAGAACUUGAAAGUCUUGUCGCCGUGCUUUGGAAAACAAGUGCCAAACCACAGAUCACAUUGUUUCUAUGAUCUGUGUGCCAAACGUAUUCGUCGAAAUUACGACGUAAAAAAAUAACGAUUUUAAACAGUAGCCAGUAUGUAUAUAGUCUGUAUUCAUUAGGUAUAUAACCGAUAUAUGUACAUAUAGAGUACGUUUUAAGAAAAAAAAGAAAAAAUUAAAAAAAAAAGUGGUAAGUCCCAAAAAACUCGAUAUCAUGGUCGACUCUAUUCGUAUCAAAAAUACGGUUCAUAAUCCUUUGAUCGCAGUGUAAGAUCGAAAUGAUAAAAAAAAGAUUAAGUCGAUUACCAUACUAAAACUAAAGAGUCUUUCACGGAUCGAAAACCCUAAAUUUCGUCAAUGCACAUCACUAACUUCGAUUCAAUAUGGUAUGUCUAUUAUCUACACUAAGUAUUUACGUAAGAAGUAUUCAAAUGCGUUCUACGUGUUAGUGAAGGGUCUGUGAAAAUUAAAAAAACAUUGACAAGUGUCCGUAUUGAUUCCGUAUUCGAAUAUAGUAAACUAAUCUAUACUCGGGGCUGCCACACACAAAAAAAAUGUAGGUUUUAAGUCAGUGUAUUAGGUAUACGUUGAGCAUUCGAAUUUUAAAUGCAGUCAAGAUAUUAAGCGAAACGCUCACUUAACGAUACCGGAUUUAAUAUUAACAUCGGCUAUCGAAAAGACUGUGUUGUACGCUUAAUUAUUUCAUAUUGAAAUAUAUAUAUAUAUAUGCGUGUUAUAUAUUAAUAAGUGUAAAUUUAACUUUAAAUAAAGCUGUUUGUAUUCAAUAAGGGCUAUCAUCUAAAUACACUGUGUAUUGAAGUUAUUAAAAGACAAUGAAAAUUCAAUCAAAUUUAUUUUAAGGAGCAUUGCGCUAAAUGGACUGCUGAUUUAAAAUAUCCAGUCUUGUGCAACUAUUGUAUACAGACAGCUAUUCGAACAAUGAGUUGUGAGCUAUUUAUUUAUAUAUAUAUAAAUUGUGUACAUAAUGUAUGUAUAUUUUAUAUACGGCCUAAUUUACGGCCAGUGCCAUAUCUCGUGUUCCGUGCUCCUUGAGUUUGACUUUCGGACGUUUUGAGGUCGUGGCCCGGAAUUGACCGGUUUAUCAUUCACGGGAUCGCUAUGGCAUGACCGGGGGCCCUAGUACCGUCUUUAGAAAUACUUCAGUGCGCUUAGUGCGAGUUUUUUAACAUUCUCGAUAGCGUAAAAGUUAACUCAUAUUUGUAUGGAUUUGGAAUGUUUCCCUACGUUUGCCGCUAGGGGCGCUGUUCUAACUGCAUACAAAUUUGAGUUACGAGAACGUUAAAAAACUCACACUAAGCACACUGAAAGAAUAAAAUAAAGAGUCUCUGGAACAUUCUGUGAGUAGUUAUUAUAUAUUGACGUUGUCAAUAACUUGAACGAAAAGGAAGUUUCAAGGUAGCUUCCUGAUUGUAUAUGGUGGUUGUGAAUGCUAUUUGAUGGUGAAACUAAUUGGAUUUGGACAGUUUUGCCAAGGCAUUGACUUGGCGGUCAACGUAUUAGGAAUGUGAGUGGAGUUUUUAGGAGUGUCCGCUAUGUGACGCGGUAUUUUUAAGCUCUUAACAGAGCAGUGGUCGGUUAUUAUUGUCCACGAAAUGACCAGCCAAUAUUGGGCCAAUGUGCUGGCUGACACGAUUGUUGGCAUAUUUGUCGGGUCCUAUUGUCGUAAUCGUUUUGAUUAUGUACACGAGAAUGUGUUUGUUUAUAGACUAAUUCUCUACUAAUAAUAAGGUAUAAUAUAAUAUUUAGUAGGAAAAAUUCCACGCUUAAUAUUACGUUCGUAAGGCGAGUAAUUAUGGUCGCGCGGUCUUGCAAUAUGGCAAAGUGUAACCGCUGUUACAGUUUUUCUACGAGUCACUUUAGAUUCAUUCGCGAAGCAGUUGCCCUUGAGUUGUUAGGUCUCCUCUGGAGGCGCUCGGGUGGCUAUUAGCUAAUCCAAUCUCCUGGCUGAGCCUUUGCUCGCCCACCUGUCUUGGUAACCUGUCUUGGAAACUGGAAAGACCUCCGGGCCACCAGUAGUACUUGAUAAAAAAGUCAUUUAUGUCGCCUUAUGAACGUAGAUUAAAACGCUUGUUGACUCGAACCGAAACAUAAUAUCUACUAAUGAGUAUUCUAGAAACCAUAAACAACUCAAUAGGUGCAUUAAAACCUAGCCUUGAUUUGACCAUAAACAGUAGAAGCCCAGAAAUUUGAGCUCAGUCGUCACAUCGAUAUGUUCCGGUUCGUCUUGGUGAGUGUCGACGCUUAUUAGAAUAAUCAUUGAUAGACACGAGAGCAUAAUAUUUUUACAAUACUAGGAUCAUGAAAAUAUUAAAUAUCACCUAGUCUACAUUACUGAUCGCCUAAGAAUAGUUUCUUUCGGAUCACAAGUACAAAAUCCGGAUUUAGGGUACUUGUAAUAUCAACAACAAAUAUAUCAACUAAUAUAUGACGAAUUCGAAUUAAAAAGAGUAUUUUCUUAAUUAGCCACACACGGUCCAUGUACGUCGAUAUAUGAGCACUUUGAAUAUAGAGAUAGAAGCCAUUACUACAAGUCGUCUGGUUUGUUAACAAUUGUGCUUUUUUUUAUUGCUAAGAUGGGUGGACGAGAUCACAGACCACCUGGUGUUAAGUGGUUAUUGGAGCCAAUAGACAUCUACAACGUAAAUGCGCCACCCACCUUGAGAUUUAUGUUCUAACGUCUCAGUAUAGUUACAACAGCUGCCUCACCCUUCAAACCGAAACGCAUUACUGCUUCACGGCAGAAGUAGGUAGGGUGGUGGCACCUACUCGUGCGUGUAAAAUUAAAGUUAGCUUGUGAUCGCGUUUGAGCUUGUGCUUUUUUCAUUCACACCCUCAUCAGAAUAUCACGCGCGUACCACGUUGAAGGUUCUUUUUUAUUGCCUUUGUAGGCAGUCGAGCAUACGGUCCAUCGGAUGGUAAGUGGUUACCGUUGCUAAUGGAAGUCAGCAAUGCCAGGGGCACAGCCAAGUCGCCGCCUACCAUUGAGCAUCAUAGUGCUCCGAAAACACCGUGGAGGGACAGUCUGGAUCAAAAGCAAUAGGUUGGUACUUUGAGAUUAAGCCACGAAGUCGUCGUGGCCUAAAGGAUAAGACGUCUGGUGUAUUCGCGCACCAAAUUUUCUAAUCGAAUACGUAUUCAACAAAUGUUCACGAUUGACUUCUUGAAUUGAGCAUAUAGACGUGAAAAUGUGAAUGCCGCCAUCCAUCGUAAGACUCGGGGUUUAUCUCUCAAUGUAAAUCUAUAUUAAAUUAUUGUACUUAGAUGCAUGCUUUGCUUUGCAACGGCGUAUACGGCUCGUGUGUAGCCAACUAACUCUAGUCUUUAGUACUAAUUUCAGACCACAAAAUAUCGGCUAUUAAAUACUAGGUAUUAAAUAUGUACUAAGAUAUUUUUUACAAACAAUAUUACGUAUUAUUCAACGAAAAAAACUAAAGUUUAGGUCAUCUUUGAGCAGAGCACCGACGCUGUUGGAAGUACAAAAAAAUAAAAAAUAAAUUCAUUAAAAAAAAGCUUUCUCUGUCUAUCAAUGAAAGCUUAUUAGGUUAAGGACCCUUAGUCGAUGUUGUAUAAGAUCGCUUAUAUUAGUUUGUACGACUGUUGUAUUUUAAUUGCGUUAUAUAAUUAUGUAUUAUUAACCUCUGAAUUACUGACAAUGUUCUUGUUUCAAUCUCUAGCUGUAACCACGGGAGUAUGACUCUAGUUAGAUAAACUUCGCCAAGCCCGCUGACUUAAAAUGAUCUUACACUAUCGCCACGCUAUCAAGGCCGUUUUGACAUUACAAUAGUGCUGUGAAAUGACAAUUUGUUCUCGAAAAAAAAAGAAUGAAAUCUAUAAGUUCUUAUUGCAAGUACUUAGUACCUGAUUAAAAAGGUUUAAUUUAAAACAAAACUAUAAAUGCUUACUUAAUAUACUUGAACGAUCUGAAUAUUGGAAUGAAAAUGAAUAUACCUACUUUAUAUGCACACAAGAAACAAAUUAAUACAAAAAUAGGUCAAAAAAAGGUGCCACACCAGAGUAUAUGUAUUUAAUGCCAGCGAUCCUAUAGAGCUAUGUGGUAAAUAAGUACACCAAUAAUUAUAAUGUUAUAAAAAAAAGUUGUUCGCGGGACGCUAAUAUAUAAUAGUUUAGAAAUCGAUUAGAUAUCGAUCGAUAGAAAUAAAUUACAAAUUUUGUGUCCUAAUAAAAUACAUUCGAGAAAUUUUAUGACCAACUGCACAUCACUAUUGGCAAUAAAGAACAGCGAUUUGCUCCUUCAAAUGUUAUUACUAUUAAUAGGAAACUUCAUGAGUGGACAAACGUCAAAAUUGCCAUCAUAGCGUGCCGGUAGUGUAGUGGAUUUACAAGAUUAGCGUGUACCGUAUACUUUAUCGAAUUUUGACAGCAUGAUCGAAAUAGGUUUAAUGUUACGACAUCGAUCAUUUCAUUACCAAAACUAUAAAUGUCACUGAAUCAGUUGCCAGUAUUAAAAAAAAUCAAUAACCGAGAUCCUGGAUCCUCACCCCUCCUGGCUGAACCUUUGCUCGCCCACCUGCCCUGUUGAAACUGGAGAGGCCUUCGGGCCAGCAGUAAUUCUUCUAACAUAAAAAAAACACACUGCAAAUAAACGAAUAACUUUACAUAAUUCUGAUUAACACAAAUAAAGCCUGCUCCCUACGCAUGAAAUAAGUUUUUAAGUUAUUGCAAAACUUUUAUCGCGGGCUUUGAGCGCGGUGACCGAAUCAAGAAAUUUCGUAACGAAAAUAAAACCUACCAUGUAGCUCGCGUUCAACACAUUGCGCUUGUGUAGUAUUUGUGAAUAAGUACGUGGCGUGACGUCGCACUGCAUACGCAUCAUGAAAAGUCUGCCCAUCUCUCUCUCGCGUGGUCUAGCUUAUGAGUGUGAAAGGGACAGUAAUUUUUUUGCUUUUGUUAAUGUUUAUAAACAUAGCGUGAUCUUAUUCUAUUAAUGUUUUAAUAUUAAAUUAUUAUUGUCUAAUUACAAUUGCAUAAGUUGAUAAAAAAAUGUUAUUCAAUAGCUUUACAGCGGCAGCAUCAAGUGCCACACGUGUUUUUUUUUAUCGUAAAAAAUUAGCGAUGGGCAUGGUCAAUAACGCUAAAUCUAUAUGUUUUUUGACCGAUUUCAAAAAUGUGGCGUAUGUUUAUUUACAGGUUUUUCCGGCUGUGAUUUUAUUUAGUGUUUAGAUUCAUCUUAUUUUAUGGGUUUUUUAUUCCAUUACAUUUGAUUUAUAAUAAUAAUAAGCGCGCAAAUUAAUACGUAAGAUAAAGUUGCUUGCACGAAGUCGCCAGAAAAAAAUUACUUGGAGUACAAAGUUCCGUGGUUAUUUUUGUCUAUAUUCAUCGCUACAGUUAAAUAUCCCUGUUAUAUUCCCCACAUUUUAAGGCCUAAUCAGUAAUAUUUUAAGGUAAUAAGUUUCAUCAGUAGAUAUUGUAAAAAUUCUAUGUAUUAUUAUAAUAAUUGUUCUCUUCGAAAACUACGCUCCAGUUUUAAAAACUAUAUUCAAUCCGCCAUUUCUUUUUCGACCCAGGCUGACAUUUUGGAACAUAGUCUCAUUACGUCAUGAACCUCCGGAGGGGUCGGUCGUGCGUUGUUCCAAAAUUGUUUUCAUUACGACUACCAUUCUGGCGAACAGGGUUAUGUAUUCAUGAAAAGACUUCCCGUUUCAACGUAUGAGUUUCGUUUUUUUUAAUAUUAUACAUAUAUAUUGUAAUCCACGUCCUUCCAUUGUAAAUACAAUAAGUUGUUAAUUAUAAUUAGUUUUUAAUUAGAAAUUAUUUUAUUCCUAAAAAAAAAAACAAUAUUUUUUAUCAAUGUACCUUUGUAUGUAAAUAUAAUUAGGAUUAUUUUUACUAAUUACGAAGAACAGUUCCUCCAGUUUUAUGCUCAAUUUUUACGACGACACAUUGAAUAUAUCAUUAUUUUUUUAUUCCGACGUCCAGCAAUGAAGACCCAAUUUUUUUUAUGUAGGUGUAAGAGCUUACCACAGCCCAUCUGGUACUAAGUGGUUACUGGAGCCCAUAGACAACUACAACGUAAAUGCGCCACCCACCUUGAGAUAUAAGUUCUAAGAUCUCAGUAUAGUUACAACGGGUGCCCCACCCUUCAAACCGAAGCGCAUUACUGCUUCACGGCAGAAAUACACAGGGUGGUGGUACCUACCCGUGCGGACUCACAAGAGGUCCUACCAUCAGUAAAAUUUAAUAUUAAUUAAUUUUAAUAAGAAUUAAUAUUCGAAAUUUUUACCAUUAACUCAUUGGGUUAGAGUUAUUCAUAUAAUAAAAAUGAAGCAAGCGUCGCUACUGGCUAUAUAAUGUAAGUGCAUUCGAGUAGGUACCACAAUCCUGCUUAUUUUAAUGACAAUAAUAUGACAAAUGCGGAUUAUCAAAACAUAAAGGAGAGGCGUGAAAAGCUGUUUGAUAUAAGCGACAUUUUUGCAACUUUGCAGGAUUUAAAGUUUAAAAUUUGGAAAAAAAAUGUUUUAACAAAAAAUAUCUUCAGCUAUUUGAAUUGGGUAAAUUUUAUUGAAGUUUAAUUAAAAACAUCGAAUUUUUUUUACUAAUACAUUUAGUAUUAUUUAAAAACAUAAUAAUAUAUCUUUAAUUACAAAGGUUGCGUAUUAAAAAAAAUGUCACUUAAACCUAAAAUAGUUUUUCACUCCUCGAAGAGGCUUAGAUUGACGACGAUGAUGUGUCCAAUUAAUUAUAUUCUUUGGUACAUAUUUGUACCCACAUAAAACACAUAAUAUGUGGACAUUACAAAACUGCUAUUACUACCAAAGAAACAAGUAAUUUUUAUUUUUUACAAAUUUUAAUACACCGAAACAUGUAAAAGUAAAAAUUUAUUUCGAAUUAUAAAUUCACAGAGCAACGGGUCCUUCCGAAUACGAUUAAAAUUGCAUCUUAAAUUAUCUAAAUAACAUGAAAACAUCUAAAAUUCACGUUCGGUGACGCGGUAAUCCAGAGAUAGAGGCAAUAAGCCAUUUUUCAAAGAAAUAGUCGGAAAAACCGCGAAAAUUAGACGUUUUUUUUUUGGUCGAUCCUUCUAGAAAGAAGGUUGCCUAAGACGCGGUAGCGUGUCUUUAUACGUCACCGUACUAGUGAAGAUCAUUGCGCCUUGACCGCUUAAAAGUGAGUAACUUGAAAACGUUUACAUCAGCCUUUCCCAAAGUGGGCGAUAAAGCCCCCUUGUGGGCGCUGCAUGCCUAAGGGGGGGCGGUAAGAGACCCAGAAAAAUACGGGGGCGUUGUGUAGAGGUUUGGGAGACAAUUUGUAAUAACAUCUAGGAGGACUCUUAAACACCGACUGAGCUAUUGUUAUAGUGGUUUGUAACUAGAUGAAAAAAUGGGGGCACUAAAAUUGAAUUUAUUCUCAAAGUGGGCAGUAGACAAAAUAAGUUUGGAAACUACUGGUUUACAUCUAAACACAAAAAAAACAGACCACAUGUACCAAUGCUUAAUGUAAAAAACUAUAUUCGAUUGAUGAACUUAAUAGAAAAAAAAAACUGGUUUAAAAUAUAAACAAGCAAAACACACUUAUAUAGCAAAUGGAACUAACAAUUGUUUUGAUUUUUUUAUCAUGUUGAUACCGGCCGAGAUAUUACAGCGAAGUUAUAAAGUUAUUAAAUGUCAUCGGUCUUUGACGCGUGCGUAAAUUGUCAAGUCAAUCGGUCGUAUUGAAGCCUGAAAUUGUCGUUCAGAGCUUCCGUUACAAACAAACGUAAGUACAUAUCAAACUAAGGAAAAAAUCGCCGUGAAUUUUAGAUGAUUUUUCAAAACUAUGAAUUAAGUCAUCAUUUACAACCAUUAAGAUUAAUUUCAUUAUAAAUAUUGUUAUUUGUCGAGGUCCAUAAUGGCGCCUUUGAAACUGAUGGAGCAAUAGGUUUAAGAGAAACAGCAAAAUAUCAGCCAGGCGCAUUAUAAUUAUUUCACUCCCAUCGUACACAAAUAAUUUAUUCUGACUAUUGCAAAUACACUUGAAUACGAAAUACGGUCUCAUGAAUGUAAUCUGAAUAAAAAAACUUUAUUGUAACGAAAAAGGAAAAAAAAAAAAUCUCAGUUAAAUCUAUUUUACUAUAGUUCUAUUGCUUAAUCUAUGAUUCACUGAACCUCAAUUCGUUUUCGUAGUUUAAGUAUGUCAUGUACAUAUUAUUUUUAUUUUAAAUUUAUUAAUUUCAAACACACGAUAUUUUUUAAAGACUCCUACUAAAAAGGAGGUUUUAUAAUUUCUUUUUUUUUUCUAUGAUAUCACUUACAACAAGAAUAUUAUUCCGAUAACUUUUGGCGGUCAUGAUUGAAGUAAAAAAAAGUCAAAGUUAAUCUGUGUUUAAUAAUUUUCGUAAAAACAUUAAAACUCAUUGAAUAUGUAUUCGUGAUUAUUUAAUAUUAAUAUUUCAAAAAUGAAAAACUGCGUUUUUCUGCUUGUUCAUCUUUGUCUGUCGUUCGAUAAUUGUAUAAUUUUUGAAACUCAAGUUAGAAACUGAUAAAUCGUUUAAAACAAUAGUAUGUUCGGAUAUUUUUUUACUAAUUUAAGGGUAAAUGGUAAUAAUGGAUGGAAUAACGUGAAAUUACCCGAAGAUGGGACACGAAACACGCCAAGGGAACCUAAUAGCGUAUAAAGACCAAUAGAUGGCGCUGCAUUACAAGUAGAAGUUUGAUUUUUGUUUUGAUUAGUUUUUUAAUUAAUUACUGUAAAUUUUAUAUAUAUUUUGAGUUGUACAAUAUUAUUAUUGCAUAUUAUUUUAAAAAUAUUUAUAAUAAUAUCCGUAAGGUAAUCGUUAAAGAGCAAUUUGUAAGGAAAUUGUGAAUCGCGCUAUGAACAAUUUUAUGUUUCUUAAGUAUAUAUACAAUUCAAGAGUAUCAUCUAAUGUACUUGCUUCGGCAGUACAUAUACUAAAAUUGGAACGAUACAGAGAAGAUUAGCAUGGCCCCUGCGCAAGGAUGACACGCAAAAUCGUGAAGCGUUCCACAUUUUUUGAACAAUUUCAUCUAUUUCUAGACAAGUCCUGUGAACUUCCUGAAAAUAAGUAUCACCACACUAUUCAUUAAAGAAGCAGCAGCCCUUAAGUUGUUAGGUCUCUUUUGAAGACCCUCGCCAAAGCUGUUAGCAAUUCCCAUCCUGGCUGAGCCUUUGCUCGCCCUUCUUCUGUCCUGGUGAAAUCGGAAAGGCGUCGGAUCCACCAGUAAUCCUACAUUUCAAAAAAAUUACCACCACUCUGUCUAUUUCUGCCGCGAUGUAGUAGCGCAUUCAAAUACAUACAUAGUUUAAAAAAAACUAACAAAAUACGCUUUUAUAGAAAAUCCAACUAAAAAAUAGUAAAUAAAUUUUAAUAAAUUUGAAUUAAAAAUAGUGUAAGAAAAAAUGAUUUUAUUGUAAAAAAACGUCCUUCAUUUUUUAGUUGAUUUUCAAUUUUUACAAAAAAAAAAUUUCAAUUUUUUCUUUAAGUAUUGAAUUGUCAUCGGUCCUUAAUAGGUAUAACCAAAUUUCGAGUUAAUCCGACGUUCUGAAGGGGGUCAAAAUCAUGUACAAAAAUUACGCUACAUACUAACAUACAUACGUCUGAAGCUAAUAAAAGCGUAUUAAAAAGGGACAAUCGUACUGUAGAAUUGACAUUUAGAGCAUGUCUCAAGGUGAGUGAUGGCAUUUCCGUUGUUGAUGCCUAUAGGGUCUGAGAUAGACCUUGUAAAAAUAAAUGGGCUUACAAUAACAACAAGCUAAGACAAACAAAAAACACGUCGACAGGUGAAAGGCUAUUUAUUUGAAGCGACAUUUGUGUCAUUUUACAGGAGCCAUUUAAAGUUAAAAAUUUGGAAAAAAAUAUCACAACAAAAAAACUCCUUCACCUAUUUGAAUUGAGUAAACUUAAUUGAGAUUCAACUAAAAACAUCGAACUGUUGAUACUAAUCCAAAUAGAAGAACCUUUAAUCUAUCUAUCAAUCUAUAUAUAUAAAAAUGAAUUGUUGUUCGUUAGUCUCGCUAAAACUCGAGAACGGCUGGACCGAUUUGGCUAAUUUUGGUCUUGAAUUAUUUGCGGAAGUCCAGAGAAGGUUUAAAAGGUAGAUAAAUAUGAAAAUGUUCGGAAUUAAAUAAAAAUAACAAUUUUGUUUUCCCUUUGAUGUGUCCCCCGUCGGACCGAUUCCUUUUGUUUGUUUUAAGUUUAUUUUAUACAAAAGUUUAGGUCUUUUGUUUAUCGAUUGAGGCAUUACGAAGUCUGCCGGGUCAGCUAGUUACAAAGAUAAAAGUCGCAUAAAUCUAAUUGACUUUCAUCCCUCGACGUUAAUUCAUUACUAUAAUCAACUUCCGAAGUCUCCAAAGAUAAUUUAGAUUAAAUCAUUAGUAACAAUUAAGUAAAAGGGGAAUCAGUAAAUAUCUUUAAAAAAAUGCAAUAUUCAUUGCUGUCGCCAUGUUUAAAUAUAUUCUUUUUUUGAAGUUAUACUUCUUUAGGCGCGUUAUGAAAAAUUGAUGAGAAUGAAAUUUUACGAUGCCCGCGCACCGUGACACAAAAUUAACAGAAAUGAAGUUGCCCACUAAAUCGCUCAUUACAAUACGACCGAUGUAACUUGGCAAGUCUGAAUAUAGCCGCAGGUGAACUUUCCGAACCGUACCGAGAAUUACCGAAUUUAUACGAUGUCAAGAAAAGGGAUGUCCAAUAUGCGUGUUUGAGGAUGUCGUUUAAUCGAUUUUUUUUCAAAUUGAUUAAAAUUUUAAUAAAUAAAAAUUAAUAAAAAUAGAGUAUAACUUCUUACGCGCGUACAUAAGUACACGCACCCUUUUUUUAUUUAUUUGUUAAAUCAACACUACAAAACAUCUAUAGCACAGUAUAUAAAAAAUGGGUAAAGGAAAACCAAACAAGAUUCCAUUCCAUUAUGCAAUUAAAUAAUUUGCCAUAUAAAAAUACACUAUCCAAACCAUGAUUACUUAUAUCAAAAAAAUAUACUUAAGUGAUUUUACCGAAAUGAGUUAACGAUCCAUGAUGACGCCCCAAACAUCUUCCGCCUACUCCUUCCCAAGUUUCUCCUUGCGCCCCGUACCUUUCUUAGAAAAUAUUUAAAUAAUAGAUGAAUGUUGCAUUUUAUGUAAUCGAUGUUUGAAUAAAUGUCUGUGUCAAUUGUGUU